GCCAGUGUGGGAGUGUGCCGACCUUCCGGGUCAGACUUCGGACCAUGUUUCUCCUCACUCCAGUGUUGGUGGCGGUUGUCUGCAUCUUGGUGGUAUGGGUCUUUAAAAAUGCCGAUAGAGGCCUGGAGAGAGAGAAGGGGGCGGCUGGAGCUCGCCCCUGGGUGGAUGAAGACUUGAAAGACAGUACUGACCUCCUUCAAGUGGAAGAAGAUGCUGAUGAAUGGCAAGAAUCCGAGGAGAGUGUGGAGCACAUCCCGUUCUCUCACACCCGGUACCCAGAGCAGGAAAUGAAGACAAGAUCUCAGGAAUUCUAUGAACUCCUCAAUAAGAGACGCUCGGUCAGGUUUAUCAGCAGUGAGCCAGUCCCUAUGGAAGUCAUCGAUAACGUCAUCAAAGCAGCAGGAACCGCUCCAAGUGGGGCCCACACUGAGCCCUGGACCUUUGUGGUGGUGAAGGACCCAGACGUGAAGCACAAGAUCCGAGAGAUCAUCGAGGAGGAGGAAGAGAUAAAUUACAUGAAGAGGAUGGGAGAGCGAUGGGUCACGGACCUGAAGAAACUGAGAACCAACUGGAUUAAGGAGUACCUGGACACCGCCCCGGUGCUGAUUCUCGUCUUCAAACAAGUCCACGGUUUUGCUGCAAAUGGGAAGAAAAAGGUCCACUACUACAAUGAGAUCAGCGUGUCCAUUGCCUGUGGCAUCCUGCUGACUGCACUCCAGAACGCGGGGCUGGUGACCGUCACUACCACGCCCCUAAACUGUGGCCCGCGUCUGAGGGUGCUCCUGGGCCGCCCCUCGCAUGAGAAGCUGCUGGUGCUGCUUCCUGUGGGGUACCCCAGCAGAGAAGCCACCGUGCCUGACCUCAGGAGGAAAGCUCUGGACCAGAUCAUGGUGACAGUAUAAUCAGCCACCCUCUGUUGGGAUGACGCUCGCUUCUCUCCUCCUGGGGCUGCUGGCUUCGCUAGCUUUCUGAGUCAGGUCUCCUUUGCAAACCGGUGCACAGGGAAGGCGCUUCUCAUGGCAUAUCUUUCUGCACUCUCUAGAACUUUCCAUCCAGUAAGUACUGUUUUUGUUGAGCUGUUUUAGUGAACAUGUGGGGCAAGAGGUCAAGAAGCAUGCACGCCUUAACUCCUUUACAAGAUUAUAGGUGAUUUUUUUUCAUUUACUUAAAAAAAUUAAUAUAGAGAAGUCACACUAGAUAAUUUACUAUAGUUCCACAAGUUACCUCUACAAUGGUUUUUAGUUUAAAUGUUGACUAAUCAAGUGGUCCUUCGGUCCUCUGCUUUCUGGUGGCUUUGAGACUGUGAAUGGAGGUCUAUUCUGCCACUGGACUUCAUGGAGGGAGACUCUGCUAAUCUUGAAUGAAUAACCAUUAAAGUCCCUAAAUUAUGGUACUCACAGAACCAGGGAGGGAUGUCUGCAUGCCAUGAUCUAGCUGGCAGUUAUCUGAACAUGAUGAGUGAGCUGCAUGUGUCAGAGCUGGCUUAUACUAGCACAUAGAACCUGGUAGUUAAAGACUCUGGACUUAUAAAACAAAUUAUUUAACCAGUGUGGCUUAAAAUUGUCCAUGGUGAAAGUGUUUAUACAAAAGGAGUUGGCAACCACCACUGAGCAGUUUCAGCUUUUCAGAGACACUAUUUGCCUCACACAGCAUCUUCUGCCUACUUGCUCUAAUGAAACACACUUACCUGUUCUUCAGGUAACAGCAAUACUCUUUGGGACUUCCCUGGUCCCAGGUAUCCAGCUGGACCUACCAGAGCUAGUCAAUUACCCCUCCACAGCCAUCGGCCCUCCCAGGGGCCUGAUGUACAUGUCUUUAUAUUUUUGUCUGGGCAGUUCUCCAUCCAGCUGGUCUAUCUCCACUUUGUGUCUCUGCCACAGCAUCUUCCUUUUCCUCCUCCUCCUCCUCCUCCUCCUCCUUGUCCUCCUCCUACUUCUCCUUCCCCCCCCCACCC